GGACAAACAGGAUGACGGAGUACUUAUCUUUCACUGGGCAAAGAGGGAUGCACAGUCUGUGAGAAUGGUCUGAACUCCAGAUCUAUUAUAUCCUGAAGAUGAAGCCUGACCCUGAACUGUGAGCCAGAGGACAUCGCAGGUCAAGGCGACCGCACAAGCCUGAGCAGCAGGGAAACACACGACUGCCUAUGAAGCGAGCCAAGGGACUUGCUUAACUGUGGAAGUACAACGUGCUGACGGAUUACAGGCACUUUCAGUCAAGAGCAACACCUGGCUAGAGUAUUUCAGCCCACACCCAGGAAAUGAACUCCCCGUAAGCAGGACCAUCAAAAGUGCCCCCCCCAGCCCCCAACCUGUGGGCCCUGGUGAUCAUGCUGGCUGUGUCCCCUGAGGAAGCCAGAGCAGAGCCCCUAGUCACACACCAGCUGGCCACAGUGACAGAUCCCACCACUAGAUGCCCUCGCUGGCACCCGACGCCUCGGGCCUCAUUAACGGCUCUGCAGCAGGGGGAGGUGGCGAGUUGCACUGGGCCUCGCUGCUCAUCAUUGUCGUCAUCCUCCCCACCAUUGGGGGCAAUAUUCUGGUCAUUCUGGCAGUCUCCUUGGAGAAGAAGCUGCAGAACGCCACUAACUACUUCCUAAUGUCGCUGGCGGUGGCUGACCUGCUGGUGGGGCUGCUGGUGAUGCCCAUCGCCCUGGUCACCGUGCUCUUCAACUCUGGCUGGCCCCUCCCAGAGUUCCUCUGCCCCAUCUGGCUAUUCCUGGACGUGCUGUUCUCCACCGCCUCCAUCAUGCACCUGUGCGCCAUCUCUCUGGACCGCUAUGUCGCCAUCAAGAGGCCCAUCCAGCACAGCCAGUUCAAGUCCAGGGCCAAAGCGAUGAUGAAAAUCGCUGUGGUGUGGCUCAUAUCAAUCGGUAUAGCAAUACCCAUCCCCAUCAUCGGGCUGAGGAACUCCUCUCUUCCAAAUAACAUCACGUUCAGCGACAGCCAUGCGUGCGUGCUCAAGCCCGACAGCUUCCAUGACUUCAUCGUGUUUGGCUCACUGGCGGCGUUCUUCAUACCGCUCACCAUCAUGAUGGUCAUCUACCUGCUCACCAUCCUCGUGUUGAGAAAGAAAGCCUAUCGUCUCAGGGCCAGGGUGUCCCACUGCCUCAGCAGACACACUAUCUCCUCCGUCCUCCAGAAGGAGUUACCUAAGGAACCAUGGUCAGGGAGGGCAGCGGGGCUGGACAGCCCCUGGAGCAAGCAGACGUCCAGCCAUGGGGGCCAGGAUAUCAGGGACGAGGUGCCUAUCCGAAGGAUGUCAACCAUGGGCAAGAAAUCCAUGCAGAACCUCAGCACUGAACAGAGGGCCUCUAAGGUCCUGGGGAUCGUCUUUUUGCUCUUCGUGGUCAUGUGGUGCCCCUUCUUCAUCACCAACAUCACCUCUGUCCUUUGCCACAGCUGUGACAAGAAUGUCGUAGGCAGGCUGAUGGAGAUCUUCGUCUGGGUGGGCUACGUCUCCUCAGGCAUAAACCCCUUGGUCUACACCCUGUUUAACAAAACCUUCCGACAGGCUUUUAGCCGCUACAUCACAUGUGACUAUGGCAGCGCACGCCCCCCCAGGGCGGCCCACCAGAGCCACGGUAAGAUCUCCUUCCACUCUUCCGUGGCUGAGAACUCCAAGCUGUUCAUGAAGAAUGGCAUAAACUCGACAUACCAGAGCCCACUCCGGCGGCGACCAGUACCCACAGCCCCCUCCCCCACCAUCCUGCUGGACACUCUGCCUCUCAAAGAGAUCGGCAGCAAAGCAGAAGAACAGGUCAGCUACCUGUAGCUUUCAGAAGGCAAUAACAGGAUACAAACUGAGCCUUACAGUUCUAGGGAAUGGCAAGCAGACGAUGGAACAGAUUCACCAAGAAAUUAAACGAUACUAAGAGUAUCGUCUCAAGAAACAAAUAAAAUGUAUGCUUUUCCCAGAGGGCACGGUGCCUAGCCAGGGCCCUUUGACAGCAGCUCUAUAAGCUCUGGAUGUGGAUUUAUAUCACCACAAUUAAUUCAUUUUUCUGGUGUAACCUUCCUGCCUUCCUCAGUGCUCUGGGCAGUGGGUUCAGACACCACAGGAGUAAUCCUGACACUAAGGGGGCCUCCGCCAAUCUGUAACAGCCUUGCCGGGUUACAAAUAUCAAAUCUAUAGAAUCAGAGAUAAGUGCAAACAUGCUUUUACAAAUAAUGCAUAUGGUAAAAUAUACAGCACACAAGAUGGUCCAAAAAAAUAAAAAAGCAUAUGUUCUUAGAAGAAAAAAUUUAACAAAUUGUAUAAUAAUUUCACUUUUAUUGUCAACAUAAACAUCAUCUUGGGUUUCCUUGCACUGUAUUCAGCAGUGGUCACUGUACCUUAUCAUAAAAAGUGGCCUCCAAGGGGAGUUUAUGGGUUAAGUCAGUUUCAAAUUAAGAAAUCCAAACAAACUUCCAGACAUGUUUACGGAGUCCAUGUUUUCAAAGCCAGAACACUGAUGUCACACAUUACUACUCAUGCAAGAUGUU